UAACUGAUCUGGUUGUCAACUUUGAGCUUAAUCUUUAAUUAUUUGGCCUACCAGUUUUACACCUCAACCUACCGGAAUAAGUAUUUUUAAAAUGGAGUUUUCUGUAGGCCAGAAGGUCAGAUGUCUUUCACGAGCUAUCUAGAAAUCCCAUAUGGUUUGUAAACCCGACACAUAGGAAGUGCUGAAAGCUGUCGACGGCUAAACAUGUGACACACUGACCCUCUGUCAUGUUGUUUAACAUAUGAUGAAGGCUGGGGUUUGGGAUCCUCUGAAAUCGUUUGAUUCAUAGCCUUCCACAGCAAGACAAAAUGGAGGAUCAUUUAAAAAGAGCUCCAUAUAAAAACAGAGCUCCAUAUAAAAACCAGUCGUCACCAGAGGACUGGUUCAAGAGAAGGCAGAGAUCAGUAGACAAUCAGCAUGACACAACACCAAGGACACACAUCAACAACAGCAGCUCUCACAGCAACAAGAGCGCUAGUCCCCAAACCCACCGUGAUCUCAACGAUGGUUCAAACAAGCAAACUGUAAAGAUACUGAAGGACAACAGAGCUGAGCCUUCCCCUCAGGACAAAAGAAUCAGCAGGAGAUCAACCGACAGAGGUUACAGAGGGACCAAACCUUCCCCAAACCCCGCAGAGAGAGCCAAAUUAGCCAUUUCAUGUAGUAGCACAUUUGAAAUGAAACUUGCUGAUUUCCCUGAAUUAGGUGACAUCCCACCGAGCAACCCUACAGUAGCGUCGCUGCACCAGGAAGCAUGGGUCUGUGCUGGUGCAGUCACGCCAGCGGAGCGUCAGAGUUCACCAGCACCCAUCUGUAAGAAUGUACCAAAGCGAAGAACCAAGUCAGCACAGCAAGUCCCACCCAGUGGAAAGUGUGACAUGUCAACAGCUGUCACAGCAGAUCAGGACAGUCUAGUUUGGACAGUCAAUCCCACUGGAUCUUCUGCUCAGUCCUGGGCAAACGUUGCUUCUCAGCCUCCCAGAGUCAUCCAGAAAAGCCUCAAAGCCAGCACACUGUCUGAGGAGGAUUUAACUACACAGCCAGUAGAACAGAAAACAGAAAAGAAGAAGAGGAAGAAAAAGAAGAAAUCUAAAACAGCAUCUGAAAACACAGAUGAGACCUUAGAGGAACAUCAGAUACAGCAGGAGCCUCCAAAGUUUGAGGAUGAAGAAGAGUUUCCAGACCUGUCACUUGCAUUUGAACUGAAAGGACAUUCAGUAGCACAAAAAGAGGGAUUGUCCUUACACAAAGGCACUACACCCACUUCUGCGUCCAGUGACCCUAAGAAAACACAGCAGGCUAGUCAGAAGAAGUCAAAAGUUCCUGUAAAGCUUGACCUUGGAAACAUGCUGGCCGUUCUUGAGGAGAAGCAUCAGUCUCAGAAGUCUAAACAAGACCAGCGACCACUAACACUUUCAGUUGGAGGAGCUCUCCCUGUAGUCCACAAAGAACCUACCGUUCAGAAAAAGUCAAGGCAGCAAGAGAAUACACCACACAACCCGCUGGACUCCACCUGUCCUUUAGUGAAGAAGGGAAAACAGCGAGAAGUUCCCAAGGCCAAAAAACCAACACCACUCAAAAGAGUCAUUCUUCGGGAGAGAGAGGAAAGGAAACAGAACCGCCUGCUGGAGGAGAGAGACCCGGCCCGAGAGGAAGCCGAGGCCGGAGAAAAGGAAACUAGUAAUAGUGAGAAUCCUUCUGAAACCAGCAUCGCUGACCAUGACCAAGAUCUUCACACAGAUAUAGAUGACAACCCUGAACUCGUUGGUACGGAGGAGUCCGAGAGAGGCAAGCCUGGUUCACCGACUCAUCACAAGUUGGAGGAAAGCAUUUCAGAAAAUGGAACACUAAAAUCCUGGAAUCCUAAUUCCAAUCCCAGUCUUCCUAAAAUCCACAGCAGGAAGUUCAGAGACUACUGCAACCAAGUGCUUAGGAAAGAUGUAGAUGAAUGUGUAAGCAGCUUACUGAAGGAGCUGGUGAGGUUUCAGGAUCGUCUUUAUCAGAAAGACCCCAUGAAGGCCAGGAUGAAGCGCAGGCUGGUCAUGGGCCUACGAGAGGUGCUGAAACACCUCAAACUCAGGAAGGUCAAGUGCGUAAUCAUCUCGCCCAACUGUGAACGCAUUCAGUCCAAAGGCGGUCUAGACGAGGCUCUCCACACGAUCAUCGACACAUGCCGGGAUCAGGGCGUCCCGUUUGUGUUUGCCUUGUCAAGGAAGGCGCUGGGCCGCUGUGUUAAUAAAGCUGUGCCUGUUAGCUUGGUGGGCAUCUUUAACUAUGAUGGGGCACAGGACCACUAUCACAAAAUGAUUGAGUUAUCGGCUGAGGCCAGGAAGGCCUAUGAGGUGAUGAUUGCAAAUCUGGAAGCUGUAUCACAGGAAGAGCAGGAGGAGCAGGAGGAGGUGGAGCCGUCAGGAGAACCUUCUGGAACUGAAGAGCCCGAGUACAUGAAAAUCUGGAAGAAAAUGCUCGAGAAAGAUUACAACCACCCUUUCCUAAAUUUUGAGGAGCGGUUUUCAUCCAUUUCUAUUAGUUCAGAGCAGCUGCUGGAUGACCAUGAAGGAAGUUGAUGGAAGUACAUCGACGAAUGAGACAAAAUGGCCGUUUUUGUUUGUUUUGUUUUGCAGAGCCGAGGUCACGCUUUUCUCUGACACGGAAACAGAUCACUACAGAGUUUCCGACCCCGCGUGAGCCUUUAGCACCCUCUGAAAAAUGUCAGGAAUAGCUUGAAGUACCAAAUGUGCCUGUCUAAAGGAUUUUAUGAAAUAAUGUAAAUGUAUAUUCCUGUGACCUGGAAUGGUGUAUUAAAUCAAGAGGCAAUAGAGCUGAAAACAGAGAACUGCCCUUCAUUAAAAAUAUUUUCUUAUAGAUACCACAUACUUCUAGUUUGAUGUUUCUGCAGUCUGAAUGGUGAAUAUUUUUGCAAAUCGCUAUUAUCCCUCUAUUUCUAUUAAAAUGAGUGUAAUAGUUUGAUAAAAUUACAGAUACAAUCUGAACCAUUAAAUGUAUGUACAUGUUUACAUUUGUAAAUCAAAUGUAUUUUUCUUCUCCAGUUGGAUGCAGGAUUUUACUGAUCAUGACCACUGUGUUUGCAGCCCACGUGUCGUCUUUAUCGGCAGGGUGCCGUUGAUUCUGAAGACGCAGAAAGUGAAUGAUUGUUAUGACCAAGAUCUGUUUGUGGGAAUACCUCUCCUUCCUAGAACUUAUUAAACAUCACUUACCUAAAUCCUAGACCUCACUUUUAAUUUAUAAUUCUCCUCUGGCUGUUCCUCAACACUAGUUGAACCAUUAAUACUGAGUGCUGGAGGUGGUUCUCCUUUAAGUUCUCAGUGUUAGUUUAGCUCUAUGCCUUUAUGCUGUUGACUGCAGAUAAUAGGAAAUGUGUGUGUUAUGCACUUGUGUAGUACUCAGUGGUCUAUGGCAUAUAUAUGUAGCAUAGAGCUAACAAUUCAAAACUUCACUCAGCAGUAACAAAUCAUGUUCACAUAUAAACCUUUUUACCUGCUUCUAUGUAUUUUCAGAAUGUUGACUUGGGGACCAAAAACUACUUUGUGAUUGUGAAGGUUUUAGAAUUGUCUCUAGUAUUUGCAAUAAAUCCAUUGCAAUAAAUAAACUUGUGUCAAAAAUGUCUGUUUUUGAAAGACCAUUAUAAAUGAAUAGAAAUCAGUAAUGAAUCUGUUGUGCUUAAAGGGAUAGUUCACCAAUUCCGUCAUCAUUUACUGACCCUCCAGUUCUUUCACCUGCUAAACACAAAACAAGAUAUUUUGAAUAAUGUUGGUACCCUAAUAGUUUCUGGUCCUUGUUGACUUCCAUUUUAUUAAAGAAAAAAUCCACACUGUGGAAGUCAAUGUGGACCAGCAACUGUUUGGUUACCAGCAUUCUUCAGAAAUUAUGUUAAACAGAAGAAAGAAACUCACACAGGUUUGAAACAACUUGAGGGUGAGUAAAUAACAUUUUUAAUUAGAUUUUUUUUUUUUAUUUCUUUACAAGGAUAAUUCACUUAAAAAUUAAACUUGUGCCCUCAGGUUUCCACUAUCAUGUCGUUCCAAGCCCAUGAGACUUUUGUUCAUCUUCAAAACCUGAGAAUGUUGUUCCUCUGAAAGUCACCCAAACGUGUAACAAUACAAAAAGUCCAUGAAGAGAUUGUAGAAGAAAUCCUAUGAGUGGUUUAAUCCAAGUCUCCUAAAAAGACACUAUCACUUUACUUACUGAACAGAUUUAGCUUUUGUUCAUGUAUUAACAACACAAUCAAGACACAAAUACAGUAAACCGCCUGAUCAAUAUGGAUUACUUUUAUGAACUUUUUGAACCAUCAAAGUUUUGUUGAAAUGGACUUUAAUGGACAGAAAUUGCAGAAUUGAUGACAGAAUUGUCUUUUUUUUUUUUUGAUGAACUGUCCCUUUAAAUGUAAUUAUCAGGUAAAGCAUUCCAUCACAUCUAACCUCACCCCAAAAACUGGAAAAAUACUUAUAGGCUAUUUGAGAAUGUGAAAAUCAUGUUAACUGAUCUGGAAUAAAACCACCACUUCUUUGCUGAACCAGUUUUUUGAAAAUGCUGCUUUUAUCCAUCUAUGUUAAACGUCUUUGUUAUAUAACUUUUUAUUUUACCUUAAGACAACUUAUUGAAA